UUCUUCCUGCCGAGCGAAGGGGUGUUCUAAUGGGCGUGGAUUCGCCUGCAACUCCAGUGAAAUUUGGGGAGGUGGUGAAAGUUACAAAAGAACUUCAAGGCUGGAAAGGAAAAGAAAGGGCUAAGGACACUGCAGACGUGCAUUGCAACAGUGUAACCCAAGUGUUAUGCGGAAUUCAAGGCGAUACAGGAGACUUGGGCAAGACAAGUGAUCUGGCUGUAUAUAUUUGAAGGAAACUGGAAGCCAUCCCCACAGUGCACUGCAGGAGGCCCCACUAGAGAAAUUAUCAAAUCUGAAGAAUGCGCGCCUUUGCUCUCUGUCAUGCAGCGGCUCUGCUCUUGCUCUGCGGAGAGUUGGGCUUUCCGUGUCUCGCUCAGUAUGAGAACUGGCCGUACCCUGAGGGCUACCCAGAGCCGGAACAGGAGCAGUACCAGGCUCCUCAGCUAGCUCCCGACACGCCCAAAAUCCAGCUCAGGCUGGCGGGUGAGAAACGCAAGCACAACGAAGGCCGCGUGGAGGUGUAUUACAGCGGGGAGUGGGGCACGGUCUGUGACGACGACUUCUCAAUCCACGCUGCCAAGGUGGUGUGCAGGGAGCUGGGCUACAUGGAGGCCAUAUCAUGGGCACCUUCGUCAAAGUACGGGAGAGGAGAUGGGCGUAUCUGGCUAGAUAAUGUCCACUGUACUGGUAAGGAGCAGACACUGGCCCAGUGCUCCUCCAAUGGGUUCGGGGUGUCGGACUGCAAGCAUACUGAGGACGUGGGCGUGGUCUGCAGUGACAAAAGGAUCCCAGGCUUCAAAUUCAUCAACACUGUGACCAACAACAUUGAGAGUCUGAAUAUCCAGGUGGAGGAUGUCAGGAUCCGAGCGAUACUGGUCAGCUAUCGCAAGCGGGUCCCAGUGACGGAGGGCUAUGUGGAGGUGAAGGACGGGGGCAGAUGGAGGCAGAUCUGCGAUGAGAACUGGAGCCAGCUGAGCAGCCGGGUCGUCUGCGGGAUGUUUGGGUUUCCUGGGGAGAGGAAGUUCAACACUAGAGUCUACAAGAUGUUUGCGAGGAGGAGGAAGCACAGUUACUGGGAUUACUCUGUGAACUGCACUGGGAACGAAGCCCACCUCUCGAACUGCAAGAUGGGCCAGUCGGUGGUGCAGAAGAACAGCAGCUGUGUUGGGGGCAUGCCCGUGGUGGUGAGCUGUAUCCCGGGCAGAGCCUUUGCACCCAGCUCCAUGACCGGCUUCAAGAAGGCCUUCCGCCAGGAGCAACCCCUGGUGAGGCUGAAGGGAGGAGCCAACAUCGGAGAAGGGCGGGUGGAGGUGCUGAAGAAAGGAGAGUGGGGCACCAUCUGUGACGACAACUGGAAUCUCCUCACUGCCAGCGUGGUGUGCCGAGAGCUGGGCUUUGGGAGCGCCAAAGAGUACCUGACAGGAGGCGUGCUCGGACAAGGAAUGGGCCCGGUCCACAUGAAUGAGGUGGAGUGCUCCGGCUUCGAGAAGUCCAUCACGCAGUGUUUCUUCAACAAGGACUCUCUGGGGUGCAGCCAUGAGGAGGAUGCUGGAGUGAGGUGCAAUGUGCCGGCCAUGGGCUUCCAGGAGAGGGUGCGUCUGAAUGGCGGGCGCUCCCCCUUCGAGGGCCGCGUGGAGGUGCUGGCGGAGCGCAACGGCACUCUGAAGUGGGGCACGGUGUGUAGCGAGGGCUGGGGCACCGUGGAGGCCAUGGUAGUGUGUCGCCAGCUGGGCCUGGGAUUCGCCAACCAUGCCUUCCAGGAGACAUGGUACUGGCCCGGGGAGGUAACGGCAGACGACGUGGUGAUGAGCGGGGUGAAGUGUUCAGGGACGGAGAUGUCACUGUCUCACUGCCAACACCACGGCACCAACCUCAACUGUCCGAAAGGAGGGGCGCGCUUCGCUGCCGGGGUCUCCUGUUCUGAAACCGCCCCAGACUUGGUGCUGAACUCUCAUGUAGUGGAGGCUACCACCUACAUAGAGGACCGGCCCAUGUUCAUGCUGCAGUGUGCCCACGAGGAGAACUGUCUAUCCAGCACUGCCGCCAGCACGCCCGCAAACUCCUACCGACGCCUCCUGCGCUUCUCCUCCCAGAUCCACAACACCGGCCUGUCCGACUUCCGACCCAAGGCUGGGCGCCACUCCUGGAUCUGGCAUGACUGCCACAGACACUACCACAGCAUGGAAGUUUUCACACACUACGACCUCCUGAGCCUCAAUGGAUCCAAGGUGGCCGAGGGACACAAAGCCAGUUUCUGUCUGGAGGACACGGAGUGCGAUGAAGGUAUCUCUAAAAGGUACGAAUGCGCCAAUUUUGGCGAACAGGGAAUCACGGUGGGCUGCUGGGAUGUGUACCGUCACGAUAUUGACUGCCAGUGGAUUGACAUCACGGAUCUCAAACCAGGAGAUUACAUCUUCCAAACCGUUAUAAACCCAAACUAUGAAGUAGCAGAGUCUGAUUACUCAAACAACGUAAUGAAAUGCCGCUGUCGGUAUGACGGGUACAGAGUCUGGAUGUACAACUGUCAUACAGGGGGCUCCUUUAGCGCUGAACAAGAAAGUACGUUUCCCGGACUCGAAACUAACCAGCUUUCACACAGGUAAAUAAAGAGGGACCAGGAUGCUGCCUGAACACGACGCACACAGGAGGCUCAAGCAAAUCAACCCAACCACUAAAGAAAAACAAAGCCCUUUUAUUUUUUAAAUCCCUUUUUUAAAAAAAAUAAAUGUUUUAAUGUAUUAUUAGUUUUUUUUUAAAUCAGUGCUGGACAGUUUCUUUGGCUAGUCCAAGGUGCUCAUUUCAUCUACUCUUUACCAUACAGUAUUACAUUAGCAGGGCUUGCAUUGCCAGGUUAGGUGUCUGGAUGAAUGGAAUGACCUAGAAGUACAGGAGAAUUUGCCUGAGGGUAGUGUCCCGCAGACUGCCCGAAUAUAGGGUGAAACAAUAACGAGAAAACAGGCAACAGGGGAUCCCACAUAAAGUAUUAAACAUAACGUGGGACAUUAUGCUUUACAUUAUAAUUCAGUUUUUCAGUCCUGUUCACAUAGAAGUUGAAAGCUUUCCAGCAGGUUGUUUCUGAAUUUAAUGGAAAGCUGUGGGGAUUGACAGUCACUUUUUUAAUGCAAGCCCUGGUUUUGUUUGUGAAAUCUGGAUGAUGUUUUAUUUAUUUAUUUUUUUAAAACCACUGGGGUUUUUUCUUUCGAUUAAUAAAGCAUUAAUCUUACCUUUGACACCAAGCCAGUUCUUGCUUGAUAUCCCAAGUUGCGCUCAGUUUUUCCUUACAAAUGUCAUUUAGGAAAGUGGAAAAUGUUAUGUCCAGCACCUUGAUAAGUCAUGUCAUGCAGAACCAACAGGUAGGUGGCGCUAUACUUUAUUCAAUGGUCCUAUCUAAUGUAAAGUAGCACUCCAAUAAGAAGCUGUGUAUUGCACGACAAAACUAAUUUUCUUGCACUGACAGUUAAACUAGUUGAAGUAACUGGGGCUUAAAAGCAAUGGCUUCUUUUAAGUUUCACACUAGGGUGAUUAGCACUUGCCUACUUCUUUCAUCUGUAUUUCUGAGCCGUGAUAUCAAGUCAGGUCUACAGUGUGCAACGUAUGUGUUGUAUACACUGUGCCAACACAGCCAGACUGCCACAUGUAUCUCUCUAUGCAUAGGGAAGUAGUACAGUAUGUGAUAUACUGGCAGUGGCAAGUUUACUACCCAUUGAAAGGUCAACCACUGAUUUAUAUUUGAAUAUCACCAAUAGUGCCUCACAGAACCUGUAGUGUCAGCGCUGAAACCUUCAACAGUAGAUAAAAAGUCCCAUCGAUUAUAUCAACAGAGGGCAAUAGCAACCUUGUGCCACUAGAUGGCAGCACAGAUACCUGGCUACAACCCUGCCUCGAUACAGCUGAAACAGCAGUCCCCAAAACCAUUCUCUACUGUGCCUUUCCUCCUGGUGUCUCUCUUCUGGCCGUCAAGAUUACACUGAAGGUCAAACGUCACUUAAGUCUUACCCAGACCUCUCCCUUUUUUCAAUUUGUAUUUUUUUCAAUUUGUAUUUUUUUUUUUUUAAAUCUUUCUUGUAUAUCUGUUCUUAUUUUUUUUCCUAGUAUUGAUUUAAAUAUCUAAUCUGUUAUUAUAACAAGCAUUUAUAAGUAACUUAUUGUUGUAAAAGUCAGGGAUUUAUAGCUGUUUUGCUUAUUUUGUAAAUGUUUAAAUGGUGCUCAAUGUGAUCCUCUGUUUUAUGAGGAGACACAGAUCUUGCCAGAGAAAUGGUUAUGUAUGCAUAUACUUGAAUGAAAUCAAUAUUGUGCUCCCCCCCUAUAAUAUUAAAGGUAUGACUUAUGAAGCAGUA